GAUGGUGACUCGUGGUGGUGACUGAGAUAAUAAAAAUUGAGUAACUGAGUGUAAAUUACUGAUCAAAAUUGUCUAGAAAAUACCUUACGAUGUUCGUUAUUAAAGUCUUGAAGUGUCGUAUUUGGCAAUAAUCAACUGGGCUAUUCAAAUUGUGAAACUUUCACUCGUAAUCGUAAUCGUGAAUUGUUUCCCCUACAGUGUCGAGAAGUGAUUAGAAAUUAUCUGUUGAUUUGACAAAUUUGACACCUUUCUUCGUCAGUGCAUCGAUUUUGAAGCCUGUAAUUAGGAUACUGCUCAUCAUGACUGAUAAUAACUGCGUGGUAUGUUUCAAAAAUGUUCGCAUAUAUUCAGUCGGAGAAUGUGAACAUCCUGUGUGUUACGAAUGUUCGACGAGAAUGCGAGUCCUGUGUCGUCAGAAUGAAUGUCCCAUGUGUAGACACGAAAUGGGAAUGGUUGUUUUCACCGAACGAAUUAGGCCGUUUAAAAGAAUGAAGAAAGAUUACUCGUCGUUCAACCAAGAAUACCGUAUAGCUUUUGAAAAUGACUACAUCCAAGAAGCUUUCGAGAAUUUAUUGCUGUACGUGUGUAAGAAAUGCCAUAACAAACCGUUCGGUUCGUUUGAUAGUUUAACCGAACAUAUGCGAAGGAUACACGAUCUGUAUAGUUGUGAUUUAUGCGUUGAUAAUCUUAAAAUUUUCCCUAAAGAGUUCCGAUAUUAUUCGAGAUCCGAUUUAAAUAAACAUCGCAAAGUAGGCGAUAUCGAUGAUAAAUCGCAUCGUGGUCAUCCGUUGUGUGAAUUUUGUAACAUUCGAUACGUUGAUAGAGACGAAUUAUACAGACAUUUGCGUAAAGAUCAUUUAUUCUGUCAUAUCUGUGAUUCCGAAGGCAUUCAACAGUUUUAUGGGAUGUAUGGAAUGCUGAGAGAUCAUUAUAAGCAAGAUCAUUAUUUAUGCGAAGAAGGAGACUGUAUUAAAGAAGAAUUCACCUCUGUUUUUCCUACUGAAAUCGACCUCAAAGCUCAUAAAGCAUUAGUUCAUUGUAAAAACCUGCGAAACAAAUUGGCGGUGAAACAGGCUCGUACAUUAGAACUAGAAUUCACAUUGGCGCCGAGAAUUGGAGCUGAUAGGAGAAAUAGGUACCAAGGAGGAACGAAUACGCUAGAAUAUCCCGAUGAAGAAUCAACGAGUCAGCAGCAUUCUAUUCCACAUAUGGACUCCGAUCCUCGCAAUCUAAUGGUCACAUGGGACGAGUCGGCAUUUCCUAGUCUCACCAACAACCCAACAUUAUACUCCACUCCGCGUUCAAAACCGCAGCCACGUGGAAAUAAAAAUCGGCUGGCUUUCAACGAGCAAAACUUCCCAGCUUUGGGUUCGGAAACUAGUAUCAAAUUCAACAUAUCAAACCAACUAGACCCGAGACCUUCUUCGGUCGUCUCUUCGACUAAUAUAUCCGUACAAGUAAAUCGAAACAAGAACCGUAAUAAUCGAGCUCAAACUGCCGGUCCGUCUAGUUCAUCUGUAUCGUUGACUUGGGUUGAAAAAGCAAAAGAAAAGAAACCCGCCAACGUUCCGGUUCCGGAUAAAAGUCAAGCUGAACCGGGGCCUUCCAAACCUCCGUCUAUGAAUCGGAAUAAUUUCCCUAAAUUGACUCUGGGCGCUGGCAAUAACAACGGUGCCGCUAGUGGAAGUAGUAACGUUAAUAACGAAGCUUCUAAAAAGAAUAAGAAAUCGUCUUUAUCUAUCCACAUAGAAGAUCACGACUCGAGGAAAUCAACUUAUAAUGAAAUCACCAACAGAAAUAUCCCAUCUUCGAAACCAGAUAAAAAUGAUAAGAAAAAUACCACCUCGACAAAACCAAAAAAUAAAACCACCAAUGGCCAGUCUAGCAGCGAUAGCAGUAAAUCCAACUGUAUCCUAUUGAACGCCAGCAGAAAGAAAGUCAAAAUGAAACCGGAAGUUGACGGAUACGUGUCUUUAAAUACUUUAACCGCGAGCGGUACCAGAAACAGAGAACCUGUUGCUGGAAGCAGUGGCAAUUCCGGCAACAUUCCUGGUCCACAGUCUAGACACGCGAAUGAUACAAAUGGUGUUCAAAAGACUAACGUCUGUGAUACUAAACUUAGAGAAGAGAACGAUAAAACUAAACCGGCUGAAAAAAGGAAAAAAGAUAAGAACGAAAUCCAAUCGCCUAAAAACAAAGAAAACAAAAACGAUUCCAAAACCAACAACAAACCAACUCCGACGAAGAAAACCAACGACAAGGAGAAAAAACCUUCGACGAAAGAUGCCGAGAAUUUACUCAAAGAGAGUAAUAAAAUCGUAUCGAAAUCUGACGACUGCAAGUUGCCCGAAAACCGAAAUAACCAGAGGAAGAAAUCCGAGCUUAGAAUCGGCCCUUUGCACGAAACCAUGAACGGAGAAUUGAUCGACUCUAAUUCGAACGACUCGAAAACCGCCGUCAUGUUCCCUCCUCCUGGUUUCGAAUCAUCGAUCACAGCACCUCCUCCUGGCCUAUCUCGCGCAUCGUCCGACCAGUGUAACCAGCAAUUAUUCAACGACAAUCAGAUCUCUUUUACGAAAAUUUCAGAAGCUUUGCGAGUCUACCAACAACCGGAUGAUUUCGUUUCGAGGAAUUCUCAUUUAAUCGAUAAAAUAAGCAAGUCAUUGAUGAGGAAUAACGAAGAGGCCAUCAACGAUUUCAAAAAUACUUCGUUAUUGUAUCGAGAAGGUUACAUAUCAGCGCCCAGUUACUAUUUGUACUGUAUGGAGAAUAUAGAAAACGAUAAAUUUGAUGACGUGUUCGUCGAAUUGGUGAUUUUGUUACCGAAUAUAUUGAAACAACAGGAAUUAUGGACAGUUCAUCAAUCGAUGAAAGGUGAUAAUAGUCAAACUGCCAAAGUGGAACACUGUCCGGUUUGUUUGCAAAUCUUGAAACCAUCGGAUUUCACCUCUCAUCUUACCAGACACACUUUGCAAACAAAUACUCCAUUGUUUUCAAAGUAGAACAGGGUUUUUGUUUUUUGUGUAUUUAGAAUACCUAGGUUUUCUUUUUUAUCUUCUUUUCAUUUCGAACGUUCGUUUAAUCGUACUAAUUUCACGAAUACCAGUCAAUUGUCGAUAUUUUUAAGAAUAUUACGUAACAUUUGCAUGCCCUUUUAACGUUAUAAAGUUUUCUAAACGUCUUA